AUGAAAGAUAUUUAUGAAGCUUCUGAAAAUUUGUCCCUCGACGAGUCAAUGGUUUUAUAUCGAGGUAGAUUAGUUUUCCGGCAAUAUAUUAAAAAUAAACGCCACAAGUAUGGUAUCAAACUUUAUAUGCUCACAGAAUCUGGUGGGUUGGGUCAUAGAAUUAUGAUAUACUCUGGACAAGGACAAGAUACGUCGACUGACUUUACUCACACAGAAUAUGUUGUUGUAAAAUUAAUGGAAGGCCUUACUGAUUGUGGCAGAUCAUUGUACAUGGACAACUAUUACAAUAGUGUGAAACUAGCUCAUACACUUCUAGCUAAAAGAACAUAUUGUACAGGAACUUUGCGUGCGAAUAGAAAAGGGAACCCUAAAGAAAUAACUUCAAAAAAAUUAAAAGUAGGAGAAAGUGUUGGAAAGUAUACUAAGGAAGAAAUGUCAUUAGUAAAAAGUCAUAUAAACAUAAAUGUUCCUCCUGCACUUCCUCCAAAAAUAACAAACUCGCACUUUCCUACAAAAGUUGCAAAAAACGAAAAAAAAAAUUUUAUAGAAAAAGAUGCAAGGUAUGCCAUUCAAAAGGCUUACGAAAAACAACAAUAUUCUACUGUUCCAGUUGUGAAGGUCAACCUGGUUUAUGCCUCGAAAACUGUUUUGAAAUUUAUCACGCAUAAUCUA